UAUUUGUACGAGAUGGGAACCUCAACCAUUGACAAACAAUACAGUAGAAUACAGUAGGACGAAUCAAACGAGUCGAACCUGAAAAUUUACAAGCAUCAAGAAAAGCGAGCCAAGCCAACUCUGCUCUACAUUGGCCAUCUUACCACAUUACCUAAAAUUCACCCCUCCAAUUAACUUCCGCGAAAAUAGUUUUGCCCCAAAACCCGGAUCUUGCGAUGGAGCAAACGCCGUCCACGCCACCACCGGCGGAACAGCAGCAGCAACCCCAACAAACGCCGCUGCCACCACCCGCCACCACCUCCUCCCCCUCCUCUUCAGUUCUCACUCCUCCUCUCCCACAAACGCCACCUGUCACCACUUCCUCCUCAAACCCUAGCCCCACUUCCACCCCUAAACCCCCACAGUCUCAACCUGCCACUCCUCAAACAAGACCAUCCUUCAACACCAGACCGUGGCAACAGCCAUCCUCAACUUAUUCGCACUUCUCACUUCCCCCGCCUCCCCUUCCUUCAACCUCCAAUCCUACUACUUCGAUUUCUGUGCCGCCCGUGCAAAGAGGUGGCAUGGCCAUUGGGGUCCCUGCCCAACACCCCGCCACGUCUUCGGCUCCCCCGACCUCCUUUUCCUCACUUACUUCCCCUUCUUAUGGUCAACAAUCUCAGGUGAGGCAGUCCAUACAAGGAAUGCAAGGAAUUGGGAUGACCGGAUCUCAGGGUACAACUUCAGCAAUGCGGCCGGGAGGGAUUGCUGCACAUCAGUUGAGGCCUGGUCAAUCAUCUCUUAGGCCACAGACUAGCUCAAGUUCCCAGUCCCCUACUACACCGAAUUUCCAAGGGCAUGGCAUGCUCAGAGUUCCGUCUUUAGGAUCUCCUGGAUUGUCAACGUCCGGUAGUUCCCAAAGCUCACAGUCCCAGAAUCAGCUAUGGAUGUCUUCUGGAACCCAAGGAAGACCUCCUUUGCCAACUCCAUCACUUCGACCCCAGGCCAGCUCCCAGUCAUUGCAGCAAAGAUCCCACAUUCCUCAGCUACGAUCCAUCACUACCUCACUACAGCAGCAAACAAACUCGACGCAACACUCGCCACAACCUUCAACCUCAGGGCCAGUACAAGAAAAUUAUGGGCAACAAUUCCCACCUUCCAGGAUGCAGCAGCCAUUAUCUCAUCAUCAACAGAUUGCGAGGGGUCAGGGAUUGGGAACCCAAAGACCUCCUCUCUCAAUGCUACAGUCCAGUGCAGUCCAGCCUGGAUCCUCAAAUAAAUCAGCUACUGCAGACACUGAGGAAUUUAGUACUCGGAUAGUCAGCAAGAGAAGCAUCCAAGAGCUAGUAAGUCAGAUUGAUCCAUCAGAAAAAUUGGAUCCUGAAGUUGAAGACAUUCUCGUGGACAUUGCCGAGGACUUUGUUGAAUCUAUUACAACAUUUGGUUGUUCAUUGGCCAAGCAUCGAAAGUCCACUACCUUAGAAGCCAAGGACAUUCUUCUAAAUCUUGAAAGAAACUGGAAUAUGACACUUCCUGGAUAUGGUGGAGAUGAGAUCAAGAUUUACAAAAAGCCGUUUGUAAGUGAUAUUCAUAGGGAGAGGUUAGCAGCGAUUAAAAAGUCGAUUUCAGCCACUGAGAUGUCGGCUAAGAGCUCAUCUGGACUGCAAGGUGGAAAUGCCAAAACUCAUCAGGCAAAGGGGACUGCCAGUGUCAUUGGUUCCCCACCUAAUGCUAAAAUACGCGAAGCUGGAUGAGUUACUGCUAAAAAUGCCUGGCUGUGCAGUUUUGAUUCGAAAAGGUGAACUUUGAAGAAUGUGGUGGUGAAAGUAGUAGAUGGAGCACAAUUUAUUUUGCCAAUGCAAUCCCCAUAAUGGAUGAAUGUGAAAAUUAACCAAUCAACUCCCACCCCAGAAAAGAGAGGAAGAAGACGAGAAAAUGAAGUGGUAGGAAUCGGCUCUUUUGCAAUGCAAUUCUUCCAUAUGAUGCAUCAAAGACACAGGAACUGGACUACACCUUCAAAUCUACGUUGUGUCUUCAUUACCGUUUCCAACUUUUGCCCAAUUGUUCGUUUUUAUGCCAUCACCAUGUUACUGUAAAAUAUAAAUGCUAUGGAUGGGUUCUCUUUCGCAUCUUUUGGGGUGUUGCAAGAACAUUGAAGCAAAUCUUUUGUGAUACAUGUUUCUUAGGUGCACAAUACCAAUAUGUUUGAUCUAGAAUGCUUAUAUAAUCACACCACAUGUUUUGAUAGGUAAAGCCAAAAUGCCAAUUGACUUCUGAUUCGAGAAAUGGUUUCUUGGUUGUAUGUUGAAAUUCGCUUAAUGGCUUUGUGAUUUCUUAUUAAUUAGAUAAAUGGCAUUGCUCUUAUGAGCUCUUGAGGAA